AUGGGCGAUUCUUACUGUGGGGUUUACUUUAAUCAGCGAGAGUCGAGUGCCACUAUCAAAGCCGCGCCAGUACCGUAUGAACAGAACGCCCCUACCAAGGCUAGAAACCUAAUUCAAAUUGAUUGUCGGGGCCUCGAAUUCACAGAUUUCAAAGCAGAUGGCGAAUGGGAGGCUAAGGGUGUCGAUUCCGGUACCAAGUUCAGUGGCAUCGACUUGUCUGACGGGGAGUGGUUUGAUUAUGACGAGAAAGCCUCAGAAGAGGUUAGCAUAAAAGAUAUCAAAUGGGAGAUCCGGAGAGCGUGA